CUCCUCCUGAUUUUGAUGCUUAUCAGAAGAUAAUAGAAGAUUCUAAGAAGUUGUUGGCGCAUUCUUUAUCUGUACAAGACUUUGCCUUUUCUUCGGCUUCUUCUCAAACAAACCCACCUCAAAUCGUUAUCCAUCCCCUUCACAGUUUUCAUAAUUCACCAAUGGAGUCCAAAGGAACAGUCUGUGUGACAGGUGCAGGCGGCUAUGUAGCUUCUUGGCUAGUCAAACUCCUUCUCUCCAAUGGAUACACCGUUCACGGAACCCUCAGAGAUCCUCAAGAUGAGAAGAAUGCGCAUUUGAAGAAUCUAGAGAAUGCACAAGAUAAUCUUAAGCUCUUCAAAGCACACCUGUUUGAUUAUGAAUCUAUUGCUGCAGCCAUUAAUGGUUGCAGUGGAGUGUUUCAUGUUGCUAGUCCUGUUCCUCCCGGCUCUGUUCCAAAUCCAGAGGUAGAGUUAGUGGAAACAGCGGUUAAGGGCACGCUAAACGUACUGAAGGCUUCAGUUGAAGCAAAUGUUAAACGAGUCUUGUUUGUAUCUUCUGUAGCUGCUGUCUUGAUGAGCCCUAGUGUGGGUAAGGGUGGUCAAGUAGUGGAUGAAACUUGUUGGUCUGACAAGGAGUUCUGUCGAAAGACCAAUAAUUGGUACUGUCUGUCAAAAACAGAAGCAGAAAUGGAGGCUCUGGAAUUUGCAAAGAGAAAUGGUCUCGACCUUGUAACUGUAUGCCCUAGCAUUGUUUUGGGUCCGAAGCUGCAGUCUUCUAUAAAUGCUAGCAGUUUGAUUCUCAUCAAGUUAUUGAGAGGAGAAUUAGUAAAAGGAGCAGAUAAUGUGAUCCGUAUGUUAGUAGAUGUUCGUGAUCUUGCUCAGGCACUUGUGAUUGUGUAUGAGAAGCCCGAAUCGGAGGGAAGGUACAUAUGCACUGGUCAUUCAAUCUGGGCAAAGGAUCUGGUUGAGAUGCUGAAAAACAUUUACCCAGACAGCAAAUAUCCUGAGAAGUUCAUUGAAAAGGAUGGAGAAGAGAAGAAGAUAAGUUCAGAAAAACUGCAGAAGCUGGGAUGGACUUUCAGGCCUUUGGAAGAAACAGUUGUUGAUUCUGUCGAGAGCUAUAAAGGAUAUGGAAUCCUUGAUUAAACUGUGAUUGUGUAUUGACGACAAAUCGACGAACAGAUAACGUGAGAAUUUCAUCAUUAGUCUUGUUGAAUUAUAGAUCAAAUAACAGUGGUAUGAUUCCCAAAUAAGAAGUAGUUUUAUAUUUAGGGGUCCCAUUGUGUGCAAAUAAAAGAGUACAAAAUGUUGGUUA